ACAGUACAAGGAGUUCUCGAACUAUCUUGGAUGCCCUUUGUUUUUUCAAAGACUGGCGGAAGCGCGUUGUGCGUUUGUGACAGCGCGUGCGGGAAAUCACGCGUUUGCUCGGUUGGACGGCACCGCCAUUCAGCCACACGAGAGUCAUCAGACAGACUCACACUUGCUUGUGUUCCGUGGCAUCUGGUGAAUAAGCGAAGCUGCUCUCUCCGAACUCUGGAAAGAUGAAGACACCAAGCUUUCUUCUAUGGGCGGCCAUCGCGCUUGGCGUUUGGUCUUUUAACGGAUUGCUAUGUGAGGAGGACGAGCACUGUCCGUCAGGAUGGCAUGAGUUCAACGGCAAUUGUUACUACUUUUCCAAAGAUGGGGAGGAAAAAGCGUGGAAUUUGGCCAAAGAUGACUGUUCAACCAAGGGAGGCCACCUGGCCAUCAUCCGCAACGUCGAGGAGGCGGAAUGGCUGGGAUCUCAAAUCAACAAAACUUAUAACACGAGAUACAACUACUGGAUUGGCUUGACGGACAACUUUGUUGACGGAGAGUGGAAGUGGAUCGACGGGACUUCUUUGAACGAAAGGAACUGGCAGCCAGGUCAGCCUAACCACUUAUACGGAGAUCGGGACUGUGGUGCGACGAGGGGCUGGAACGGUCGCUGGAAGAGGGCCUUGAAUUUUGAAUGCUUCGUGAUUCGUCCCUACAUCUGCAAGCGUUGCCAAGCUUCAUACAAAUCGACAAUCCUUGAUCGCAGGUCUUCAGACAACUCUUUUGGCCGAGCCAUGAUGCACAUCAGACAAUGUUUCUCAUCAAGACAAUUCUUACCAGAUGGCGAUGCGAUUGUGUACAAUGGCAUCAAAGGCACCUGCAAUCUUCAACUGGCCGUGUACCCGAAAGUUUUAGAAGUGCUGCUCGAGGAGCGUCUGCGCCCGGGCCGCAUCAUUGUCAUCCAAGGACAUGUCCCUCAGAAUGCAACUAAAUUUAUCAUCCACCUGUCCUUGGGCCACGGUAAAGACACCCCGGUCCGCAUAGAAGUGGAUUUCAAAGAUGGGGACCUUGAACUGUUGACCCGCGUUGGUAGUCAUGUUGGCGGAGAAUAUGUCAACGAGUUCAUCAAGGAUGAUUACUUCCCCUUUGUAGCCGGAAGUGAAUUUGAGAUGACCAUCGAGUGCCGCAAAGACAUUUUCCUCUUGACCGUCGGCGACAACUACAACGUGCAAUACAACAAUGUUGGUUAUGAACUGCGCGACAUCCACAGGCUGUUGGUGGAGAGAGAUGUGACGGUCACCGCUGUCAGGCUGAUUUGAGGCAAAAAUGGAGGUGCUACUUCCUGUCGGGAUGUCGACGAAGUGACGACGCUUAACCUAAAAUUAAACCUAACCUUUGUGUUUGCAAAAAUCUAUGAUGUAACAUCAGAUUAUUUGAAUUUUUGACAGUUUUGACUACACGGCAGCAUGUGUAACGAAUUGCAUUCAUAUUAAGGCUCCAGUUUGUGGAUGAAUUUAACACUCAGUCUUGUCAAACAUCAAAAUGAGUCGAAUGGUACCACUUUUAUCAGGGCUUUCUCACACGAUCAAAAUAAAGGAAUGUGUAAAAUCUCA